AAUCACCAAUCUCCUCAGCUCGUGCCAACCAGCCACAAAUACUCACGCUUGUUGGAAGGAAAAUACUCCAGCCGCGAGAAGAUAUUGAACUGCCGUAACCCCCUGGAAUACCUCGUGGAGAAGACUCAAACUAGAUCCUGAAGACUCGCUCACACAAGGCUGUCUACUGUAGUCUGAUCCUGAAAGCAUCAACACUGCUGUUGCCGCUGCCAUGCACAGACUCGUUUCCUUUGCGCUGCUAUUCUUGGGUGCCAGGCUGGCUGCUUCCCUGUUCCUGCCCGACUCCCUGCAGCUCAGGCAUCUAAUGCAACGCUACCAAGAUGAGUUGGAGCCCAACAGUACAAAUGCUGACGCACCCAUACGCACCCGCAGAGCCAUCCGGUGGUCGGACCGGGAGGAGAUUCUGCAACUACACAACAAAUUGAGAGGAGAAGUGUAUCCCACUUCAUCCAACAUGGAGUACAUGGUAUGGGAUGAUGAACUGGAGACGUCAGCGACUUAUUGGGCGGAACAGUGCCAAUGGGAACAUGGGCCUCAAAAUCUGCUCAUGUCUAUUGGGCAGAACCUGGCAGUGCACUGGGGCAGGUACCGAUCUCCUGUCUACCAUGUGCAGGCAUGGUAUGAUGAGGUGAAGGACUACACCUACCCUUACCCUCAUGAGUGCAAUCCCUGGUGCCCCGAGCGCUGCUCUGGACCCAUGUGUACACAUUACACCCAGCUGGUCUGGGCCACAACCAAUCGUGUGGGCUGUGCCGUACACCAGUGUCCACGUAUGAAUGUAUGGGGCGAAAUCUGGGAGAAUGCCGUCUAUCUGGUCUGCAACUACUCGCCUAAAGGAAACUGGAUCGGGGAAGCCCCAUACCAACAAGGCCGCUCCUGCUCCCAAUGCCCACCAAGCUAUGGAGGAGGCUGCAGGGACAACCUUUGUUAUAAGGGAGACUCUGAACAUCAUGAGUCUCCAGAUAUGAAUGAGGUGGAGAAGCCUCAGCAGCCCCUACAACCUCGCACUACUCCAACCAAGCCUCAGUCCAAACCCUCCACACCUAAGAAGCUUGUAUCUACCAGACCCUCCUCACCCAAAUCUACAAGCACCUCAUAUCUAGCUCAAAAUAUUAAUUGCGAGACAAAAAUGAGGGACACAUGUAAAGGAGCAACCUGCAGCAGGUACAACUGCCCAGCCAACUGCUUAAACAAGAAAGGGAAAGUGUGGGGGACACUCUACUAUGAUGUUCAAUCAAGUAUUUGUCGCGCUGCUAUCCACUAUGGUGUAAUUGACAACAAUGGUGGCCUUGUGGACACCAAAAGAAAAGACAACUUCCCAUUCUUUGUAAAGGCAACCAAGAAUGGUGUCGAGUCAUUCAGUAAAUAUAAACCCGGCAAUGCAUUUAUGGUGUCAAAAGUGGAAGAGCAAACUAUAGACUGCUACACGACAGUAGCUGAGAUUUGUCCUUUCAGGCAGACUUCCUCUCACUGCCCAAGAGUAUUCUGCCCUGCCAACUGCAUAAAUGAACCUUCAUAUUGGGCUACAGUGGUCGGCACCAACAUCUACGGUGACGGUUCCAGUAUCUGCCGAGCAGCUAUCCAUGCUGGAGUGAUCAAAGCUGGCGGGGGUUAUGUGGAUGUUCUGGCUCUGGAUAAGAGGAAAAGUUAUACUGGGACCAUGAGGAAUGGCAUCCAAUCUGAGAGUAAAACCAAUACAGAAGGUGGUUCGUUUCGAGUCUUCGCUGUUCGGGAGUGAGACAACACUGACAUUGCACAAAAGGUCUCCUGUUUGCUCUCAAAGACAGGACACGUCAACGUGGAAUGCAACUUCUCCCGUCUUUCUGUCACUUUGGGAGGAAAGACAGGAAAGACACUGGCAAAGGACCUGUCUAAGUCUUCUCCAACUUAGUUUUCUAACUUACUGCUGGUUCAAUCAGAAGGCUUCCAAAGGUUUCAUACUUAUACUUUUAAAAAUGUGUUUGAUCACACAUGCAAGUCUUACCAAAAUGCAGUGUGGUCGAAAUGGUAUUUUAACAGCAGUGCUGAUUUUAAUCAUUGUUUUGAAUCAGAUAAGUCCCUUUUUUAUAUACUUUUUUUCUGAAAAGAUAUGUGUAUGGAUUACACUGUAUUUAAUCUGUACAUAUAAUUUGGUUUUAUAUUUUGAUUGGUCAGGCUUGUUGUGUGUUUCUCACUUUUUGCAUUAAUUUUAUAGUUUGAUGUGUUUAUUUCUAUCAUGCUUUUUGCCAUAAUAGUCUGAUGAAAUUGAGGGAGGGUUAAAUGGUAGUUGAAUGUGAUGUUUCUAGUACAGUUGUUGGGAUCUGUUAGUCCUGUAGAGUAUAGGCAGAUGCUCUGCAGAGAAAUGGAAAAGGGAAGGAGGACGGAGUGAAGGCAGACCUCCAACGAAAAGAGAUCUUUCCUUUACAAUGCAUGUGAGCCUUCCAGAGUCAACAAUGCUCAAUAUAGUCAAACUGCAAAUAAAUGUGCAAAAACAUUUAACAAUUGUUCAGUCCCAGGAGAAUUCAUAGGCACUGAGUGCAUGCGUAGACUGAUAAAUCAGUAUGGUACCUUCAUUUUUCAUGACCUAUUAUUAUGCAUCCUCUAACCCCUCCUUAGAACUGCAAAUUCUGUGGAACAGAAACCAAAUAUUUAUGAAUGUGACACAUGAUAUGUGCCGACUCGAGAGUCAAACGUCUGCUAACAUAUUCCUGUUUGGUUAAAUGCUAUAUACAACCCAGAGUCAGAUAUCACUGCCAAAAGCAAUUUCAUUUACAGUUUAACUUGUGAAAUGAAAAAUAAAGUACACAGUGUUGUCUUAAACCACUUUUAUACUGCCACAACAUUUAAAGGUACUUAAAGGGAUAGAUCACCUAAAAAUUGAAAUUCUUUCAUCAUUUACUAACCCUUAUUUUGUUCCAAACCUGUAUGACUUUCUUCACUCUGUGGAAAACAAAAGAUGUACAGAAGAAUGUCAGUCUUGGUCAUCAUUCCCUUCCAUUGCAUCAUAUUUCCAUUCAAUGAAAGUGAAAAAUUACUGAGGCUAACAUUCUGUUUAACAUCUUCUUUUGUGUUCCACAGAAGAAAGUAAGUCAUAUGGGUUUGGAACCACAUAAAUCUGAGCAAAUGAUGACAGAAUUCCAUUUUGGGGUGAACUAUCCCUUUAAGCUGAUUGCAUGUAAAGCCUUGCCUCGGAAAGGAAAGGGACUGCUGUCUAUAUCUACUUCUCAGCUUAAUAUGUAUUUUUUAGUUGGAUAAUGUUGCAUAAUCAGAGACCGGAAUUUAGACUAAAUGUAAAUGUUCUUUAUACCCCACUUAAGGGCUGCAGAGCAGCAUAAUCUCAUCUAUAGCCUUUGAAGGCUUCUGUCUUGCUGCUUUUUCCUUUCUCCACUCCCUCUUACAUUUUAUUAUUAUUAUUAUUAUUAUUAAUUUCAUGGAAUUGGUUACCUCAGUUCUGUUGCAGCAUAACAUUUGCGUAUUAAUGUGUUUGGGGAAGUCAAAUGUUUGUACAGGUGGAUGUAAAUAUUCUGAUUUGUGCUUUUCAAGUUAUUAUUGUUAGAGGAUAAAAGUCUGUCAUAUGUGCUUUUUUAAAAAAAAAAAAAAAAAGUGAAUUGUUUUUUAAAUGAAAAGUUAAGACUAUAAACCUUUUAAACUUAUAAACUGACUUUUGGCCUUGUGUUGACGUGAUAUUUGUUCAGGUCAUGGGUUUUAUAUGUACAAUAAUCUUCAAUGUAGAUUUAAAGGAAUAGUUCACCCAAAAAUAAAAAUCUGU